AUGGCUGAAACCCAACGUCGCAUUGGUCCUUUAAGGAAAAGUGUCCAUCCGCAAGAGGUCCAGCCUUCGUUCAACCCGGCUCCUGACCUCAAACACGAGACAAUUGAGCUGGAUGGGGGAAAGGUGAUCUUGGAGAAGGACGUGGCCAUAGCGAUGAGAGACGGUGUCAAGAUCUAUGCCGACAUUUACCGUCCUGCAGCCGAUAUAGCAGAGCGAACUCCGUCUUCGGUCUUCUCGUCGCCAUUUGGGAAACACGGAGCCGUCCCGAGAGCACUGUUCAAAAACAUGGGUGUCGACUUCGAGAAGUUGAGCCCAUAUACGUUCUUUGAGCUACCCGAUCCGUUCCUUUGGUGCAAAGCAACCUUUUUCUCGCCGCAAGAAGUUCGCGAUGGGUAUGAUGUCGUCGAGUGGGCGGCUCAACAGCCAUGGUCCACUGGUGAUAUUGGCUGGGGCGCAGUUUCCUAUUAUGCAAUGUCUACCUACCAAACGGCCGUGUUGAAGCCUCCACGUCUCAAGGCCCUUCUAAUAUGGGAGGGGAUGUCUGACAUCUACCGCGAGGUGAAUAAAGUGGGAGGCAUCCCUUCUGUUCCUUUCCAGAACCUGUGGAUGAAUUUGACCGGACAGGGCCUGAGUAUGAGUGAAGAUCAUGCCACUGCCUCGCUUGAACAUCCUCUCUUCGACGAGUUCUGGCAAAGCAAAGUAGUCGACUGGACCAAAAUUGACAUUCCGACGCUGUCAGUUACCGGGUGGUCGUCUUUGGCGGUUCAUCUACGCGGCACAAUUGAGGCUUGGAAGGCUCUCUCGACGAAGGACAAGUGGCUGAUGGUUCACGCCGGCAGAGAGUGGAGCGAGUACUACAAGGACUCGGGCAUCGAAAAACAGAAAGAGUUCUGGGACCAUUUUUUGAAGGGCAAGGAAAACUCGGUGCGCGCCUGGCCUACCGUGAAGCUUGAUGCUCGCACUUCUGCCGACGUUUAUGUUCGAAGAGACUGGCGGAACUUCCCGCCUCCCGCCAAACUGUCCAACUUCUACCUGGCAAGCGACGGAAAGCUAGUGACGAAACCCGGCCGUGAACAGGCGGAAUACUGUACUUUCAAGGCGCACCAUGCCGAUUCGACGCUCACAUUCGAUUAUACCUUUGACAAGGAGACCGAAAUAACAGGACAUGCAUCCUUGACACUGCAUGUCCAGUGCCUGGAAUUUCCAGACACGGACCUCUUUGUCGCGCUUCAGAAGCUCGACACCGAGGGCAAAGAAGUCAAGUUCUGGAAUUCCAGCCAAUUCAUCGAGGCACCAGCGUCGCUGGGCUGGCUGCGUCUUUCACACCGAGAACUGGACAAGGAGCGCAGCACUCCCGAGCGAGCCUAG